GUGAUUCUGAGGUCAAAGUGUACGGUAAGGGCGUCUGAUUCGAAAUUAGGCCUAAGCUUUUAUGCAUCAUUUUUCAUAGGCCUAUUUACUAGGAAAAUGUCAGUGGAAAUCAAGCAGGAAGUAUUGAACAGUCCUGAUGUGACAGUUGCAAGGAGUCGCUUGGAUGGUGUUCUUCAAACCCUUGUUGAUCAAGCAGAUGAAGGGGAUCCCUCAGAAGAUGAAUUGUCAAAGAGUCCUCAAGACAUCAAAAGUGAGGGGUCGUCUGUAUCUACAUCUCCUCCAAAGAAGUUAUCAGCUCGUUCAAGAAAACGAAAGAAAAAGGAGUUGUCAUCCAAUGCUGAAUUUGACACGUCACUCGUUGAAGGCAUGCACCUAAAACAUACGUACAUCAUGAAGUUAUUUGAUCGAAGUUUGGAUUUGGCACAGUUUGAGAGCACCACCCCGCUAUACCCUGUGUGUCGUGAUUGGAUGAAUAAUCAACCGCACUCCAAGCGACCUACAAGAACGCGAACUCCGUCACCAGAACCAUUGCCAGAUUCAGAUCAGGAAACCCCAUUAAAAGAUAUAUACAAAAUGCCACCACCUCUAUCCCCUAAAAAAGUAUCCCCUGAUGAACGUGAUCCUAGGAUACCAUCCCCUGUUCCCCAGCCAGAUGAAGCACUGGACAUCAACAUGGAUCCUGAGCAGGCACCCCCUGGAGAGGUUCUCCUGCAAAACCACCUCCAAAGAUGGAGACAGAUCAGAACUAAAUGGAAAGAGACUACACAAGCAGAUUAUGCACGUUACUCUGAAGGUUACGCUCUGCUAAAAGCUAUGUAUGAAAGGCAAUGAGACGGACAAUAAUAGGCUAAUCAGACAAGCAUAUUGAACUUUAGGCAGAUCGUGAAUAUAUUCAACUGUAGAGAACAAGCAGACAUAUCAAAGACAAAUGCUAUGUUCAACUGGUACUUCACAUAAAGCCAUUUUCCAGCAGCUUGGAAAAUAUGUUAUUGCUUUUACAUGAUUUCAUCAACAUCAUGAAUUUAAUGCAGUGUUUUCGACUGAACAGAACAAGACAAUUGCCAUGUUUGAUUGUUACUUCACAUGAAACCAUGCACUAGCAACAUUGAAUAUACGUAUUGCAGUCUUUUUAACUGCAAUGAACAAGCACAUAUUAUUAAAGAUAAUGGUCAUGUUUGACAGUUAAAAGUCUUCCAUGUCUAGGGGCAUGGGGGGGGGCGGGGAGUGCAAGCUUGAACCAUCUGCCCAUUAAAAUAAUGAUAUUCAAGUAGUUAAUACCGUGCCCCACCCACCCCUGUUAAUACCUCUAGAUACGACACUGCUACACAUAAAAUUUAAACCAUAAACAGGCACUUAUAAUAUAUAAAUGACAACUUUUAAUUCUAUGUUUAUAGAAAAUUUAAGGUUCUUACAAAAUAUCAGUGUUGUAUAAAUGUGUACAGAAAUAAAAGGGUUGCAGGAAA